CUGGCGCCUAUAACAUCGACUGAUAGGAGCACUACAUCAGUCUUUACAGUGUGAAGAUGUGUAUCGGGAGCUGGGUGUACGUAUUUCUGGUCUCGUGGCUCUGUGUCACUGUCUCCGAUGGAAAGCAGGACUUUGCUGUGAACGUCAACAGUGACGGCACCUACAGCGUCGUUGUUCAGGGAGAUGUGUGGCUGAAGAGCGCUCCCACCUUCUUCAGAGCUGAUGGUCAAGUGUUCUCCUCUGCUGAUGGAUCUCUGAAGCUGGUCAAGAACACUCAGUCCAGUGGUGAGGACGUCAUCGGGCAGUGGGAGGCCAACAGCUUCUUGUACCAGGCAGGGUCCAGUCAGAUCGAGGCCAGCUUUGUACAGUACACACCAGAUCCAAGCAUAUUCACCUACAACAAUCCGGCCAUACCGUUCAUAUUGUUCAAACAGCGUUACAUCAAUGGAGCAAACAACACCGCCUCCAACAGCACUGCCUUCACCAUUUCUGGCUUUCCUGGAUUUCUAAUUCAAGAGUCAACCAUUCCAUUAGGAUACCUCAGUUAUGCAGGGCUCAUGUCUGGGAGCUUGGGUCUCAUGGCAGGACAGUGGGGACCAUCAUCAUUUAAAAUCAACGACGGGAUUGAAGGUGGACCCCUGACUUUAUUUGAUCGAGUGAAGACUGCAAAUACACUGAUUAUCUCCCCUGCCAGUCGGUUUAUGUCGUCAUCAAUAUGGCGUCAGAACUCCAGCACCGGCGGGGACAAUGUCUUUUGGGGGACGAUGGGGGGAGUUGAAAAUGUCCCUGUUGGUGUUGAAACCAGCUUUAUUCUUUUCUGUGGAAACCAGGGGAUUAAUAAGGCCUCCGUAAGCUGGGGUCAGGUCUUACAACGAUGGCAUGGACGUACAGAUCAAUAUAUGAAGUCCGACUUUACCAUCAACUACUUAGGAUACUGGAUGGACAAUGGGGCGUAUUACUACUACCGGACAGAGAAAGGAAAGAACGACCAAGACACAGUAUUGGAUCUCAAGAGCUACAUGGGGCAGAUGGGGGUACCCGUCAGGUACAUUCAGUACGACGAAUGGUGGUACUACUGGGACAAUGACCAUGGUGUUGUAACAUGGACAGCUCAACCGAAGAUCUUCCCAAAUGGAAUGCAGUGGCUUUAUAACAAGACACAGUAUCCCGUCGUGGCCCACAGUAUGUACUGGUCAAGCAACACAACUUACGCAAGGGCUAAUGGGGGAAGUUAUGACUUCCUGAUCGAUGGUCACAAGGCUUUACCUCUGGAAGAGAGAUUUUGGGAUGAUCUGCUCGCUGAGUCAAGGGAUUGGGGUCUGUUUGUCUACGAACAGGAUUACCUCAAUGAAGAAUUUGAACAAAUCCAAAAGCUCCUGACUGACAUUGACCUUGGCCGCCAAUGGUUGACUCAGAUGGGGAAUGGGGCUGCCAAGAAUGGGCUGACCAUCCAGUACUGCAUGUCCUACCCGCGACAUAUGCUACAGUCUCUGGAAAUACCUGUCGUCACACAGGCUCGUGUUAGCCAUGACAACCGACCAGACACUGACAACUGGAAGAUCGGUGUGACGUCACUAUUUUCAUGGUCUAUUGGUAUUGCACCCUUCAAGGAUAAUUUUUGGACAACCAGCGUUCAACCCGGAAAUGGCUACAAUUUGUCGGAACCCCACACAUCACUGAAUGCCGUGGUUGCAACCUUAAGUACAGGCCCAGUGGGGAUUAGUGACAUGGUGGGAGGCACAAACAAGACACUCACCAUGAAAUCUGUAAAUGCUGAUGGCCUAAUCCUGAAACCAUCGCGACCGGCGACGUCAAUUGACAACAGAAUACGGAGGAUGGCUUGGUCAGACUUUGAGGGUCCUGAUGGGGAGGUGUGGUCCACCUAUUCGGAUUUUGGUGGAGAACAAGUACGGUAUCAUCCUCGCUGCAGAUCUUCAGGGGAAACUACACCAUGACACCUUGCAUGGCUGGAUAUCAAGGGUUUCCGAACUCCAUGGUUUUCCCAGCCAAUAAUCCCAACAAGAUUCAACCUUUGACAGACCCCCAGCCUUUGACAAUGAGUGGCUGUACCAUGGCUGACUUCUGUCUCUUCUAUGUAUCACCUGUACUGAGCAUCAAUGGCAAACAAGUUCUGAUUCAGGGAGAGUUAGACAAGUGGGUGCCGAUGUCACCCCAGAGAGUUACGGCCAUCAACAUUGCCGAUGACAUCACCAUCAGCCUCACUGGAGCUGCCCAUGAAAUUGUCUCCUUCUGGUUCAACGUGGAUGGUAAAUCCUCACCUGUGACCUGUACCCUCGGAGCAGCAGGACUAGCCACCCUCAGUUUCUCAGCUGGCACAUGUCGUGGUGUUUAAUCAAUAUGAUGCAUGUGCGAGAAUAGUUUACAUACAUCUAUUAUCUAAUCCAUGUGUCUAGUUUUAAAGAAGUAUCAGAAAGUCCAUAUCACUAACACCACAGUUACUACACAUAGAUGAACAUACGCAAAUACGGUCAUACUGUAUUUGCAUUUGUUUCAGUAGUGUAAAAUGUGACUUUUGGUCCAGUGAAUGAACGAUAAUACAUGUGCCUAAAUAUAACAUGUGCCAUAUUAACAUUUCUUACGCUUAUAUGGAUGUGAAUAAAAGUACAUGAAGUGUGAA